CAAUGCUAAAAAUGGUCAAAUUCUGAGCAAAAGUUAAAAGGACAGUAGGGGUACAAUGGUAAUUAUGGGCAGAAGUUGGAUGGUUGGAAAAAAAUAAAAAGCUGUGAUCAGCCUCCUCUCGCCAGAAUCAAUGCCAGGAGAUGGUUUCUAUGCCGCCUUCUUCAACCUUGUUAACUCCGCUCAAUUAGAGAGACUAGUUGCCUGAUUCUUAUCACAUGUAAAACAAAGAACCUCUGUUGAGAGAGAGAGAGAGAGAGAGAGAGAGAGAGAGAGAGAGAGAGCAAUAUGGGCGUAACAUACAAAGGAAAUGGUGGUGGUGGAAAGAGAGGGAGGCCAUAUGGAUUGAUGUUGCUGGUGGCAUUUGGGGCUGCUUUGCUUGGCGUGAUGGUGCUCCACAAGCUCAGGGAGAGACGCAUCUUCAACCUCCUUGUCAUAGAGAAGGACCGUCAGCUCUUUUCCCUGCAGCUUCUCUUACAGAAAGAAAGAGAGAACACCAAAGAAAUAAAAAGACGGACAGAAGAGAUGAGAGCGAAGAUGUACUUUCUUAGAAACCAAAAAAUGGAGCUUGACAGUAGACUCCUGGAGAUGCAGUCCACAAUAGUGUCUCUGAAAGAUGAACAAAAAGCCAUGGAAUCUGCACUUGAGGAGAAGCAGAAUGAGAUAAAAAUACUAAGAGAGGCACGAGGCACUUUUGGAGAAGAAAAUCCAGAAGUGAUUGCUCUAACAGACAGUUUGAAGCAAAAAGAGGAUGAAAUUCAGGACUUGAGGCACCAUCUCGAGCACCCAGCUAAGGUCUGGUCAGUGAGUACAGAUGACCCAUCAAAUCCAACUCCAAAUUUAACCGCCAGCAACGAUGCGAGCCAAACAUCAGUGAUCGAUGAGAGUAAACAACAGGGAAGGUUUCCAGAUGAAGUGACGAGUACUAAGAAUUGGGGAAAUUCAACGAGAGGAGAAGAUGGAAGUGAGCACAUGCUUUCCAAUUCCAGAAUAAGUGAGAAUAGAUCACAAGACGAAUACAGGAAUGAUAAUGGGACGAUGAUCAUUGAAAACAUGGGGAUUAAGAGAGAAGAAGAACUGCAAAAUUCACACCAGCAAGAUUUCACAGAUACAGAUGCAGAGGCAGCUGGAAGGAGUAUUGAAGAGGAGAAAAAUGGGCAUCUUAAAGAUGGGGUUGAAACUGGCACGCAGGAGAUGAAUACCGCCAAUUCAGGUGAAACAAAGAUACACAUAGGAGGGAAAGAGGUUAACACUAAAGAUGCAGAAACUGAAAUGAUAUCGAAGGAUGAUGAACAACAUGAAGCUGCCAGAGAUGAACAACCAGGAAAACAAGAAAAUGUAUCAGCAGGACAGAAUUGGAACUCUCAAUCAACAGCUAAGGGGGGCAUGAAACUGGAACAAGCAACCGAGUCUGGCAGUGCAGGUACUAAGGUGAGGGGAAAACAUGGCCAUCUCAGUAAAAGAAAGGGCAAGAGAUGGACAAUGCUUGUGAAAAGCAGACCAUUGGAAAGCAAUGGUAGGUCCGAAGAAAGUGAAUUUGAAAACGUGAGAAAGCAAAACUCUUUAAAGUAUGCAGAGGACAGAUGGAACAUUAGAGAAGGGGGAGCAACUACCAAUGUGGAAAAGGCAGAAAGAGUAGAGGGCAAAACAAAGUCAACAAGGGCUGGAAAGGCAUUGGAUUCUUCGAACCCCACAUUGCUCAAGCAUCAACUCCCAGAAAACACUGGAAAUUUGGUACACAAAGUUGCAAAUGGUGAUACAAAUGAUGAAGUGGGUGGGCUGCUGAAAAGACCCAGGAUAUUUCAAGACAAUCAAAGGAUAGCAAAAAUGACUGAAAGCACUGAGGGUGAAUCUCACAAUGUCAACUCUGAUGGAAAAAAGCCUAACCUGGAUGAAGCUACACAAAAGGAAGCCCACGAUGGUGGAACCCAAGAAAGUACAGGCAGUAGAGAUCUAAAUGCUGAACAGGAGAAAGCUGCUACCAAACUGAAAGUGCCAAAAAAUAUGGAGGUGGCAGAUACACAAGGAGAUUCAGAAUCUGAUAACAAUGAGAUUUUCGGAAAUUCCACUUCCAGUUUGGAGGAAGACAAUGAAGAAUAUAAGGAAGAAACAGAUGAAUCCGAGUUUUAGUUUGUUACCAAACUAAAGUGGUUUUCAUUUUUUUCCUUUUCAUUUCCACCUAGUCUGUCGCAGAGGUGUUUAUUACCUGCAUGACAAUUACUGUAGUUUGAUGUGUUUAUACCUCCCUUGGCUACACCUAGCUAUUAUUAGUUGCAUGAUUACAAGCAAUCGUAAGUAUAAAUAUAGGCUAUCAAGCAGAAAAAAGGUGAACAAUUAACUUCAAUUUACCAUCACUUAUUACAGAUGAAGGUCCCCAGCUUAAGCCAACAAUUCACACAACCAUAAUUUGAUCCCUUCUGAUGAAACAAUCAACUUGGACCUUAACGACGCCAUCACAUUACUUAAAUAUGGUUAUUAAAGAAUCAAGUGCACAAUGAAACCACAGAAAUUGUAAGAAAAUGAUUUGAUCGUCUCCUCAGAAAGCAAUCAGCCUCCUCACUUAAUCAUCGGUCAUGCUAAAGAAAUUCUAAAGGUGCCAGCAGAACUUGCUGUUUCAUAUUACAAGAAAAAUCAAAUCCCACAGCAAGUGAAGUUUCAGUAAA